CGCACAAACACAGACACUGACAGACUGCAGCGCUGACAGCCAGCCAGCCAGCCUACAGGCAGGCAGGCAGGCAGGCAACGCAAACCACCACCCAACCCCAACACCAACAACUACUACUAAUACCAAGCCAAAAUCAAAUCACCCUACUAAUUUAAUCGCCCCCCACUUAAUCUAAUCAAACCCUCCAAACCAAACCGAUUCCUCCUCUUCUCCUCUCCUCUCCUCUCCUCUCCUCUGCUCCCAACCCCACCCUUCCUUCCUCGACCACAGCAGCGGCGGCGGCGGCAGGAGACGGAGAGAGGAAUCGCGAUGGCGGCGGAAAAAGGAAGUCCGUUGCCGAAGUUUGGGGAAUGGGAUGUCAAUGAUCCUGCUUCAGCUGAGGGAUUCACUGUAAUCUUUAACAAAGCUAGAGACGAGAAGAAGACUGGUGGCAAUUCACAGGGACAAGAUUUGGCCGCAAAAAGUGAACAGCCAUCUGGACAAGGGUUGUAUCCAGCAAAACCGAACAGUUCCAAGAAAUGGUUCUGCUGCAUGCAACCUACUGCUGCUGAAUCUUGAAGAUCAUGGGCUGAUUGGAUUGUGGAAGCGUCUACCUUGUUAAAAUCAGAAAAAACUCCACGAUAUCCAUGGGAACUUGUUUGUGGGUUUACUGUGUGGUGAAGAUGUUAUGGCGGAACAUGUAAUAUUACUUCUAUGGUGUGUACAUUAUUUACAACCUAUAUAUGUGGGAAAACAUCAGUGGUGUAUAUUGAUGCAUAAAGUUGGUAUUUCGUCAAAUUGACUCAAUUCUUGAAUGUUCAUUCUGUUUAAAAGGGCGAGAAGAAAAGGCAAAAGUAACA